AUGGCUGCGUCCAAAAGGAAACGUGGAGGAGAGGGACCCGCUACUAAAAAGAGUAAAAAGGGUAAAUUUGUUGCAGACGAAGGCGAAACUCGGACUGAAACCGAACAGGAGAAAAGAAAUGAGGUUACAGUUCCAGCACCGGUAUCUAUGGGCAAAUGGACCAACAAGGAAAGAGUUCUUAUAUUCUCUUCAAGAGGAGUCAACUACAGAACCAGACACUUGAUGCAGGACCUGAGGACCAUGAUGCCUCAUUCAAAAGCUGAUACAAAAAUGGACAGGAAGGACAAGCUGUUUGUUGUAAAUGAGGUGUGUGAAAUUAAGAAUUGCAACAAGUGUCUCUUUUUUGAAGCAAAGAAGAAGCAGGACCUCUAUAUGUGGAUCUCCAACUGCCCACACGGACCCUCUGCAAAGUUUCUGGUUCAGAACAUUCAUACGCUGGCUGAGCUGAAGAUGACCGGAAACUGCCUGAAAGGAUCCAGACCACUGCUCUCAUUUGAUCCAAAAUUUGACAAAGAUCCCCACUAUGCUUUACUGAAGGAGCUCUUCAUCCAGACAUUUUCCACUCCUUGCUACCACCCUAAGAGCCAGCCUUUUGUUGACCACGUCUACACGUUCUCCAUCGCAGAUGACAGAAUUUGGUUUAGAAACUACCAGAUAAUUGAGGAGGACGCCUCUCUGGUGGAAAUUGGCCCACGGUUUGUUCUGAACCUCAUAAAGAUCUUCCAGGGGAGCUUCGGAGGACCCACACUAUAUGAUAAUCCAAACUUCCAGUCUCCAAACCUGCACAGAGCACAGCUCCGCCUGGCAGCGGCAGCUAAGGUGCGAGAGAGGCAGAUGGUGAAGGAGAUCCGGAAGAUGAAACGGAAAGAAACAAAGGAGCUGGUUGACGACGACGUGACAGCUGAUGUCUUUGUUACGCCGGGAGAGGAGAAACCUCUUAAGAUUCAGACGGAGCCACCGCCACCGAAAGUGGUGAAGAAAAACAAACACAAAGCUUUCAAGAGGCAGCGGAUGCAGAGGAGAGGCAGAUAAACUCCAUGGACUGGAUCUGAAGGAUGAUUUCCUGUUGCAACAACAUUUUUUUUUUCUUUUUUUUGACAUGUA